GCGCUAAAAUAGGGGUAGUGACGCUUGCUGGGACUGAGUAACAGCCUGUGGCGCUGGGAGGGUGGUGUACGGUGAAGCUGCGGUCGGCUCGCCCUCCUCUCGCGUUUCAGGCUUUGGCUGCUCCUCGCUCUGCAGGAACCCCAGCUAUCCUUACACUUUAGAUCUUGCUACUUGUAGUCAUCAUGCAGGCAGAACAGGAAUCAACUAACAGCUGAUGCAAUGCUCUCUACAUGCUGGGCUAUUGAGAAGGUUGAACUGAGGCAAGAUCACAGCAACUGAACCAGUAGCCAAAUAUCACAAGCACAAAUAUCCUGGUAAAGUUUUAUGAUGGAUGCAGCAGAUAAUGGCAGUGCCCUAAAUGGGGCAGAAAUGUCCCAAAACCCCUCAGAGACUAGGUCUCAGCCUCAACCCCAAUCCCAGCCUGAACACAAGGCCUGUCCGGGCGAAGAGGUGUGGGAACGUAGCCGAUGUGGGCGAUCAUACAAGAAGGGAGCACAAACAUCCAUGCCAACUGAUGAAAAACAGGAAUCUGUUUCAUUGAAGAAACGGGACCAAAUGUCACCCAAGAGACGGGAGCAGGUAGAAAAAUCUCCACGGAAAAGUAAGACCCAUCGAAAGGUUGGACACAGACAAGCACACUUUCUCCAUGGCCCAUCUCCUGAUAUACACUUUGGACCUAAAGCCUCCAUUCUGCAAAACGCCACUAGUAUCAUGCACAUUCAAGAUCCAACUAGUCAGAGGCUGACCUGGGACAAACCGCCAACAAAUGUACUGGUCAUCAAAAAAGUAAAGGAUGAAGCCCUUCUGGAGCCCUUCAAAGAACUAUGUACUUUUCUCAUUGAGCAGUGUGAAGUGCUGCCAAAGUGGCUGUGGGAGCCGGUGAGUUUUCAGACGUAUAAAUCGAUGCUGAGAACUGGGGUAAGGGUGUGGAUUCUGUGGUGGCUGAAUAGUAUCGUCUGGAGCUGCAAACUCUGCUACAGGGGACAGAUAGUGUUUGAUGUGGAGAAACACUUGAUUGUAUUUGUUGAGAAAAAAGUGGUGGAUGACGCAGCACUUGCUAAAGAUGUAAAGUUUGAGCCCAUCCGGCAGCAGCUCAGUCCUUUCCGCGAAGGUUACGAUGAAUUGUCUGGCUACAUAGAUCUAAUCAUUUGUCUAGGUGGUGACGGCACACUGCUAUAUGCCUCCUCUCUCUUCCAGACCAGUGUUCCGCCUGUAAUGGCGUUUCAUCUUGGUUCACUUGGAUUUCUCACACCUUUCAAAUUUGAAUCUUACCGAAAAGAAGUGACCAAUGUGAUUGAAGGAGAUGCCAGGAUAAUUCUGAGGAGUCGCCUGAAGGUGAAGGUGGUUAAGGAAUUAAAAACAACAGAAGUGGAGAGGCAAUACCAAGUGCAGGAUAACGGACUGGCCCCACAGAGUCAUAUUGACAACGAGGCAGGAAAAGUCUUCAUGCAAGUACUACAUGUGCUGAAUGAAGUGGUGGUGGAUCGCGGCCCAUCCUCCUAUCUUUCAAAUGUGGAUUUGUAUCUGGAUGGGAGACUCAUUACAUCUGUGCAGGGAGAUGGUGUCAUCGUGUCCACCCCAACUGGUAGUACCGCGUACGCUGCAGCAGCAGGAGCUUCAAUGAUGCACCCAAAUGUACCAGCCAUCAUGAUCACACCGAUCUGUCCUCACUCGCUCUCAUUCCGGCCUAUUGUAGUACCAGCAGGAAUGGAGCUAAAGAUAAUGUUGUCACCUGAUACCAGGAAUGCAGCAUGGGUCUCAUUUGAUGGUAGGAGAAGACAGGAAAUUCAACAUACUGACAGCAUAACAGUAACAACAUCAUGCUAUCCGGUGCCAUCGAUCUGUUGCCAUGACCUCGUGUACGACUGGUUUGAGAGUUUGGCAGAGUGUCUUCACUGGAAUGUACGGAAAAAGCAGUCACGGUUCGAAGAAAUCACGGAUUCUUCAGAUACGGAAUGUUAGUCCAUAAUGGAUGCAUCCCUUUCCCCAAACCCUGCCGCCUUAGCAAAACUUGAUAAUACUUUGUUCUAAGCUUAUUGGAAUAUCUCUUCUAUUUGUAUUGUUAAAUGGAAGACAGUAUUUUGUAUCCGAUUGUAGUGUACAUUUAGCAUUCCUACGGGUAUGAUCUUCCUGCCUCCCUCUGCCCAGCAGAUUCUUGAUAGCAUAAUUAUCUUGGGCUUUUCACUGGGCUUUGUGUCAAAGUUGAGGAAAGAGUAAUGAAGAUGCACCAGCUCUUUUCAAUGUGAGCUUGAAUUCAUGUUGCUAUUGUUUUUUUAAAAAGGUGCCUUAAUUGACCAUUAUCAAUAAUCAAACUUGUACAGUAGAAUCUGUCAUUGCAAUUUAUUUGCUGCAGAUCUGGUGUAAAAUGAAGUAGCUUCAUUUCCUUUGAUCAGUUUUCAUACCUGGGGUUGACCUUCAUUACAGAAGAGCAAAUAAGCCAAUGCUCUGACCUUGCCUGUUAUUUAUUAAGCCUCAUUGAAAACUCAGGCAUUGAAGAUGAUGGUAAGCUUAAUUCCUUGCUGCGAGCAGGCUUUCAUUUAUCUGCUGAACCUCAACUAUACCUUAGAGGUCAGUGCCAAGAAUGUGGGGAGAAAGUUGGUAACCUCAAGUCAAAUGUUAACACCUGCUCAAGGACAAAUGUGUUCACUGUUGCAGGAAAAAACAUUUUAUACAUUUUGCAUUGAAAGUUACUUUCACCUCUGAAUAACUGUACAAAAAAUACAUUCAGAACUUGGUUCUUUGGAUUGUAUCAAUCAUCAUCAAGCAAGGCCAUCGUCAAUUACACCUCCCAUUUUAACUGUUUUUUGUAUUGGGAUGACACCAGGUUCUAAUGCA